AGGCGGUGCUGAGUUCUGGAAGGGAGUCGCCAGGCUGAAAAUGGGACACUGGAUUUUCUUCCCCCUGCUCUCCUGUGGCUGCCUCUCCAGCGGGAUGUUCUGCCUUGUUUUCUGAUGUACUCUAGACUUUGUGCCCUCCCUCCUGCCUGCCCCCGCCGGAGGGAAAGCCCGGGAAAGGAAGGAAUCCGAACCUCAGCCUGCGGCUUAAAGCUUUGGCCCUCCCGUCUGAUUAUCCAGAUCCUGCUGGCCAGCCCUCCCUGUUCCCGGCCUUUUAUUCCAUUACCACGGCAAACGAACACUUGGCAUUUGAGGGUUUAGUCUGGUGCUUAAGUAAGUAGACGUUUAGAUGAUUUUUAAAAGCUGUCACAGAGGCGCUCAGGGAGAGAGCCCCCGUUUUCCUCCCCGGACGAGUCCUGUUUGUGAUGGCUGCAUUCGUUGCUGCUUUUUUCCCCUCCAAGUCAAGAGGAAGAGAAAAAAAAUCUGCAUUUUCAAAUACAGUGCCUUUGAAGACGAGACUAUGCGGCUCCGACAGCUGAAACUGGACAAUCAGAGUGGACAGUGAGAGAGAGAGACAGAGAGAAAGGUCUUCCUUUUUGCCGUUGGUUCACCCUCCAAUGGCUGCUGCGGCCGGCAUAUCGCGCUGAUCCGAAGCCAGGAGCCAGAGAGCGCUGCUGGAGAAGAAGCAGAGAAAAAAGCGCCUUGAGCCACUCAUGGUGCAGCCAAACCCAGAAGCCAGGCUGCGUUGGUCCAAGCCAAGGGGUAGUGAGGAUCAAACUCCUUUGGUGGAACCUUGUACCCCUCACAGCGAUGUCAUCCUGCACGGCAUUGACGGUCCAGCCGCCUCCCUGAAGCCAGAUGCUCAAGAUCGGGAAACCAAAGUUCAUGUUCUCUCCGUAGGCUCUGCCGCCACAGAAGAGGAGACUGAAGGCAGUGCUGGAGGGGAGGGCACUUUGGAUACCGUUUCCAAGCCCGGUCUUCAGGAGAUUCUCCAAAAACAUGGCAUCUCGAGCAGUUUGAACUUUGAUGAGGAAGAGACGGAUGGUGAGGAAGAAGAUGGGAAAAAAUUAAGUUCCCAUUCCCCACAUUCCGAAACAGGAAGACCCAAUUCUGCAUCUAGCCAGAAAUCGACCACAGAUACAGGGGCCUCCGGAACUGCCGCCCCAUGGCCGGACAACCAGCUGGGAGAGGUGGAGAACCUGGAGGACUUCGCGUACAGUCCCGCCCCGCGGGGCAUCACAGUGAAGUGCCGGAUAACGAGGUACAAGCGAGGAAUGGACCAGGGUCUCUUCCCCACCUACUACAUGUUCUUGGAAAAAGACGAAAGUCAGAAGAUGUUUCUUCUUGCAGGUAGAAAGCGGAAAAAGAGCAAAACAUCCAACUACCUUAUCUCCACCGACCCAACAAAUCUCUCUCGUGAAGGAGAAAGUUACAUCGGCAAACUCAGAUCCAACCUCAUGGGGACCAAGUUUACCGUGUACGAUCACGGUGUGAACCCAGUGAAGGCCCAGGGUCUGGUGGAGAAGGUGCAUACCCGGCAGGAGCUGGCGGCCGUCUGUUACGAGACAAACGUACUCGGAUUUAAAGGUCCCAGGAAAAUGUCUGUGAUCAUUCCAGGGAUGAAUAUGAAUCAUGAGCGAAUCCCGUUUCAGCCACGAAAUGAUCAUGAGAGCUUGCUUUCAAGAUGGCAAAACAAGAGCAUGGAGAACCUGAUCGAGCUGCACAACAAGGCCCCCGUCUGGAAUGACGACACUCACUCCUAUGUCCUGAACUUCCACGGCCGGGUCACGCAGGCCUCUGUGAAGAACUUCCAGAUAGUGCAUGCGAAUGACCCCGACUACAUAGUCAUGCAGUUUGGCCGUGUGGAGGACGACGUGUUCACCCUGGACUACAGCUACCCGCUGUGUGCACUUCAGGCCUUUGCCAUCGGGCUCUCUAGCUUCGACAGCAAGCUUGCUUGUGAAUGAGAGGAAGGCACGUACAGGGGCACAGAGCCGACCGGGAACACACCGCUGCUGCCCUUGCCCCAGGACAUGAAGAUUGAAGGUCUCUCCUUUCAGAACCGUUCCUGAGUGCACGUGUGUAUCCACAUGUGUGUGUAGAAGCAUCUGAAUGUGUAUGCACACGUGUGUGUGGGUACAUCUGAACAUACGUGCACACAUGUAUGCAUGUACACACACUACUCUGCUGGAUUUCAUAGAUGUGUCAGGGAUCCCGGGCAAGAGAUUGUUGAAAGCAGAGAGAGGCUCUCGUCUGCAGUACGUGGGUGAGUCCUGCAGUUACUGCCUGCAGCAUGAGAUCUCCCACGCCUGGAAGGUUGCAGCAGUCCGAUCCUAAUGGCGAAGUACGUGCGUCUCUCUUUGAAGAGCUUUUCAGAGAGGGCGAGCUCCUUAAGUUGCCUUUAGUCUCCAGGGCAGGAGUCUGCACACUUUUCUGUACAGAACCAACUCAGCUGCCCAACUCUGCAUUUGUGGUGCCAGAAGUAGCCACAGAUAAUCCACGAAGGAAAGACCUGCUGGAAGAAGCGACAGAGACCUCAGGAAAAGGCCACCGAAAUCACUUAAGCUGAGGAACGGUUGGGGGGACAUUCUGGAAAGGUGGAGAACUUUCCACACUGUGGAAGAAAUCGGAUCUUGUGAUGAGGAAGUGCAGGACCCCAAAGCUGCUUUUCCCCAAGCACUGUUGAGAUUUUUUUAAAAAAAUAAAUACCCUCUUUAUUUU